GAAGUGGUAAAAAGCACAGGAAUCUUCCCUAAUCCCCUAAUUAAGCCAAAACAGGCCACCCAAACCCCCCUUUGCUCCCUGCCGCCCAACUCUGUGCGCUUCCAGUCCUGGCCGGGGAGUGUUUGUCCUGGCUGGACUUUAAGGGAUAAGUGCUCAGUGAGUGUUUUUUUAAAAGAACAGCGGGAGAUUGAUGGUGAGGCCUUGAGCAGGGGACGGGACGGAGGCUGGAAGCUUUUGAAGAGCUGGGGAUCACAGGCUCUAAUCCUCGUGCUCGCAGAGAACAGAUGUGAAACUUUCAUGAGCACAGUCACGGAGCCGGGGCCCAAUUCAACCUUAUUCAUCAAUGGAAAAGUUGUUCUGGACUGGAACUUACUUACCGCUAAUGUCAGAGAUCAGAGGGGGAUUUUAUUAAAAAGAAGUGGGAAGUCACUUAAUAAGGAGUGGAAGAAGAAAUACGUCACUUUGUGUGACAAUGGUCUGCUCACGUACCACCCCAGUUUACAUGACUACAUGCAGAAUGUCCACGGUAAAGAAAUCGAUUUGCUGCGGACGACGGUGAAGGUGCCUGGGAAGAGGCCGCCCAGAGCGGUGGCGACGGUCGCCCCUACAGCCAGCCCCAAAACCAACGGAUUGACCAAAGACCGCAGCACUUUACAACUCGGCAUCGGGGCCACAAGCACUCCUCACUCUAACAGCAGCAGUUCCCUGCAGUCUGGUGGCUCGGCGGCUGGCGUGGCUUUGGGAACUAGUAAAGAGGGGAUGCACCAGCGCUCGUUCUCUGUGUCCAGCGCAGAACAGUGGAGCGAGGCUGUUAUCAGCACCACGGCAGCCAAUGGGAUGUCAGAUCCUCUCAGCUCCGCCCCUGGCAUGAACAUCGCCACCAGUCCCAAACUUGAGCCUCCACCAUCACCUCAUGCCAACCGCAAGAAACACAGACGGAAAAAAAGCACAGGCAUCACCAAACCGGACGGCCUUUCUGCAGGGAAUGAAGAGCAAGAGGAGUCCUUUGAGUUCAUCAUUGUGUCCCUGACGGGUCAGAUGUGGCAUUUUGAGGCAUCUACGUAUGAGGAAAGAGAACUCUGGGUUCAGGCCAUUGAGAGCCAGAUAUUUGCCAGUCUACAGUCCUGUGAGAGCAGCAAGAACAAGUCUCGAUUAGGAAGCCAGAGUGAUGCAGUGACCAUCCAAUCCAUCAGGAAUGUGAGGGGAAACAGCUUCUGUGCAGACUGUGACGCCCCCAAUCCAGACUGGGCCAGUCUGAACCUCGGCGCUCUGAUCUGUAUCGAGUGCUCCGGGAUGCACAGGAACCUCGGCACCCAUCUGUCCCGCGUACGGUCUCUGGACCUGGACGACUGGCCUGUGGAGCUCAGCAUGGGGAUGACAGCCAUUGGGAACGCCAUGGCCAACAGCGUAUGGGAGGGCUGUGUGGAGGGAUACACCAAACCCGGGGUGGACAGCACCAGGGAAGAGAAGGAGCGCUGGAUCCGGGCAAAGUACGAGCAGAAGCUGUUCCUGGUGGGGCUUCCUCAGUCAGACGUGCCGCUGGGACAGCAGCUCCUACGGGCCGUGGUGGAGGACGACCUGCGGCUGGUGGUUCUCCUGCUGGCCCACGGCACCAAAGAAGAGGUCAACGAGACGUACGGGGACGGAGACGGACGUACCGCCCUGCACCUGUCCUGCGCCAUGGCUAACGUGGUCCUCACGCAGCUGCUCAUCUGGUACGGUGUGGACGUGAAGAGUCGCGACGCCCGUGCUCAGACGCCCCUGUCCUACGCCCAGCGAGCAGGAAGUCAGGAGUGCGUCGACAUCCUCAUCCAACACGGCUGCCCCGGCGACGGCGGCGGAGUGUCGACGCCCACAGCCACCCGACACAAUCCCAACAUCAACAACAACGCUCAGUGCGAGCUGAACCGUAGUGUUAGCAUCAUGUGAUCGUGGCUCGCAGUGUCUCUAGUGUCUCUUCUCAAAGAUGUUGAUGUUCCCAUAGAUGCUGCUCUCGUUAAAUGGCAUCAUUUCCCUCAGCAGUACAGUACGUCUUUAUUAGGAAACUGUGCGUAGUGCCACAUGUGUCACGUAAAGCCAUUUCCCUCAUGACGACUUCCUGUGACCAAUGUUAGCGUGCAGCGAGAAUUAGCAGUGUUAACAUUAUCAAUGCGUGUUGUUUUUAAGCUGAAGAAAAUGACGGUUUUAAGGAUCCUUUCUUGUGUGUGUAUAGAACAAAAAAUGAAAUGAUGGGCAACAGGUUCUAAACAAAAUAAGUUUUGUUUUUUAGGUGCAUCAGUUUAAAAAUAAUCGGACAAUAGUAAUGGAUCCUCCGCUUUGCGCCCACGCGUUUUUGUCCAUCAGAACAUUAAAUUAUGUUGUUAUUUACUGUCCCUCAUGUCAUUACAAACUUUCUUUCUUCUGCUGAAUACACACACACACACACACAC